AUGAAGCUAGAUAACAAUACACCGCAGAAUAUUACCACUUGUAAGGACUCAUUCUGUGAUGAAUUGGAUGACUGUUUUUUUAUAAAUAAUCAUUGUGAUGAUGGUACUCAUAACUCCAAUUUUUUAUGUGAUUCAAGUUGUUGGACAGUUUGUUGUGAUGAUGAAAAUUGUAUACCUACAUUAAAAAGUCAGCGUAAAAGUGCAAAUCACGAGUGCUGUGAAGAACACAUAUCAAAUAAGAUAGAAUGUUGCAAUGAACCAGAUUGUGAUACUUUUGAAGUACCAGAAGAUUUUAAAUUUUGUCAUGAUGAACAUUGCACUUUUAGUCCAAGAGAUUUUCAUAAUGAAUUAAUGAACCAAUGUGAUUCAUCCACUUUUAGAUCUAACCUAAAGAGAUCCAACUCAGAAAUUCAGACCCACGAUAGCGAUAUCCGCUCAACACUAAAAAGAAUGAAGCACAACAAUUUUCAGGAACUCGAAAAUCACCUUACAAAUGAUGUUCAAGUAUAUGGAAAAGGUGAAACAAAGGAGCAAAAUAGUUCCCUAAAAACACAAGAACACAAUUAUCAAACCACUUUGAAUGAAAAUCAAGCACAAAACUUAACAGAGAUAGAUCGUAUUAUGAAGUAUAACAUUCCAACAUCAAAUUGCAAUUCAUCUUCUAAAAUUGAUCAAGAUAUUUUGCAGUAUUCAUGUCAAUGGGAACACUGCUUCAAAAAAUUAAAUGAAGAUACGUUCAUGAAUCAUAUUGUUGGGGAUCAUAUUAGUCAAGAACAAAACUUUGGAAAAUCUUCAUCUUUUCAAUGUGAAUGGAGAGAUUGUAAUUUCUCGAAUAUUAAUCUUGAAAAUUUGCUCGAUCAUUUAGAAACACAUAAAUUUAGUAAUACGGUUUCAUCAAGUUCGCCAAAUGUCAAUGUUUUAACACCUUUAUCAUCUACUAGUAACCCUCAAGAUGAUUCACCAUCGGAACCUAAAACUCAUCAAGAAGUGGAUAGUGAAGUCAGUAAUGCGUCUACAGCACAAGAUCAAUCGAAUAAAUCUGCUUGUUUCAGUUGCAAUUGGCAAGUUGGUACAACUGAGAAUGGUCAACCAAUUCCUUGCUCGUCUGUCCAUCAUACAGAAGGAGAAUUACAAGAUCAUAUAGUUAACGAACAUAUAGGUUCCGGUAAAUCGACAUAUUGUUGUGAUUGGAUUGGAUGUGAUCGUCACAAAGGUAAGAUUUUCAAUCAAAGACAAAAACUUUAUCGUCAUAUACAUGUGCACACAAAUUAUAAACCAUGUAAGUGUAAAACAUGUGGUGCGUCAUUUGCUGUUGAGUCCAUGUUGGUACAACAUUUGAGAAUACAUUCAGGUGAAAAACCGUUUAGUUGUAAAAUUUGUGGUAAAAAAUUUGCAACUAGUAGUUCAUUAUCAAUACAUAAUAGAGUACAUACUGGUGAAAAACCAUUAAAAUGUAAAUGGCCCGGUUGUGGUAAAAGUUUCAGUGAAAGUUCAAAUUUAACGAAACAUAUGAAGAUUCAUACAAAAACGUUUGUGUGUGAAGUAUGUGGUGAAUCAUUUAUUAAGAAAACUGAUCACACAAAACACAUGAAAUUUCAUAACGAAAAAGAAUUCAAUAAGGAUGGCAGCAACAAUAAUUUAAUCACUUCAACAAAUAGAGUUACUAUGAGCAAUCCGAAUAGUGUUGAAUACAUAUCUAUUUAA